AUGGACCCUUACGCGGGCAAUUAUCUAGCAAGCCUCGAUGCGACAUCAAACUGCCUCUACUGUCCAAUCCAGACGACAGACCAGUACAUGUAUACUGGAUUCAAUAUCGAGUAUUCUCACCACUGGCACGAUGUUGGUAUGACCGUGUUUAAUGUCGCUGCAAUUUUCACUCUCACUCAUGGUAUAGCACGGGUAUAUGCUACAUCGCAGAGAUGUGGUACCGGUCAUAUCAUACCCGUUAGCAUGGUAUACGGCUAUGUUCACAGGGUGAGGACAGACUCUACAUUUCUCAAUGUUCCCACCAUUCACUCCAUCAUUGUGGUCAAUAAGUCUACUGCCAAUGACAUGGCCUCGCUCGCUGAGUCUACCCCAACACGUUCAGAAACUUCAAACAUAUCAUCGUCGAGUCUGCAGUCCAUAGCGGAUAAUGUUGCAAAAAGUGUCAGGUUUAUCCUUCCACAGGUCGAAGCAACCCCCUCCGAGUUGCACUACGCGGCUCCGAAAGUAAUUGAUGUUGAUGACAAUGAUGCAGCUCCUGCCAGCGAACAGGAUGACGAAGCUGAUCUAAACGCACUCAAGAAAACUCGGUGUUCAGCCGUCUAUUGGAAAAUGAGAAGACGAGAGCGUUAG